CCUACGCUGCGCGCGCGGCGGCCCCGGUGGCGGCGCCGUCCCUGCGGCUCCUCCCGCCGCGGCGCGGCCCCCCGCAGCCCCGGGCUCGGGCGGCCGCCGCGGGCAGCUAGGCCCCCGGGGGCAGCGGCGGCGGGACCAUGGCCCGGAGACCCGGGGCGCCGGCUGCUUACGGCGACGAGUUCUCCUUCGUCAGCCCGCUGGUGAAAUACCUACUCUUCUUCUUCAACAUGCUGUUUUGGGUGAUUUCCAUGGUGAUGGUGGCUGUGGGCGUCUACGCUCGGCUGAUGAAGCACGCAGAAGCAGCCUUGGCCUGCCUGGCAGUGGACCCCGCCAUCCUGCUCAUCGUGGUGGGCGUGCUCAUGUUCCUGCUCACCUUCUGCGGCUGCAUCGGAUCCCUCCGAGAGAACAUCUGCCUCCUGCAGACAUUCUCCCUCUGCCUCACCAUCGUGUUCCUGCUACAGCUGGCGGCCGGGGUCCUGGGCUUCGUCUUCUCGGACAAGGCACGAGGCAAAGUGAGUGAGAUCAUCAAUAACGCCAUCGUGCAUUACCGAGAUGACCUGGACCUGCAGAACCUCAUUGAUUUCGGCCAGAAGAAGUUCAGCUGCUGUGGAGGGAUUUCCUACAGGGACUGGUCCCAGAACAUGUACUUCAACUGUUCAGAAGAUAACCCCAGCCGUGAGCGCUGCUCUGUGCCUUAUUCCUGUUGCUUGCCUACCCCUAACCAGGCAGUGAUCAACACCAUGUGCGGCCAAGGUAUGCAGGCCCUUGACUACUUGGAAGCUAGCAAGGUCAUCUACACCAAUGGCUGCAUUGACAAACUGGUCAACUGGAUCCACAGCAACCUCUUCUUACUUGGUGGUGUGGCCCUGGGCCUGGCCAUCCCCCAGCUGGUGGGAAUCCUGCUGUCCCAGAUCCUCAUCAAUCAGAUCAAAGACCAGAUCAAGCUCCAGCUCUACAACCAGCAGCACCGGGCUGACCCGUGGUACUGAGAAGCCGAGGCGUCUCACCCACCCUCUCACCCACAGAGGAGGAUCCGGCUCUGGGCUCUCGGCACCUGUGGAGACGGGGUUCCGGCCGCGCAGAGACAGUGCCGUGGGAAGAAGCAAACUCCAGACGGGUGGGCAGAAGGCAGGGUGCGCAGGUGGCUGGCUCCGGUGUGUGGGGAGGACGGCCCUCGUCACCCCGUCCGAGCCCCCUGCAUUGUUAAGAGUUCUUUUAUAUUGUUUGCAGUUGGGUCUGUGUUUUGUUUCGUGUUGAGUUGGGUUCUGGGCAGCGCUGUUUGGGAAACAGCAGGUGCGGGCUCCUGGAAAUACUCAGCUGUUGCUUUUUUUGUCAAGGCCCCGGCAACCAACAACCCCUGGGCUUGACCGGCGUGCUCGAGGAUGCCGCCUGUUGCCAGCCAGCCCUGCCUGAAGCUGGGUGGGCACAGAGGCAGCUGGAGGGGUGGGGGGGGGAGGCUGCACGCUGGGGGCGGUGAGUGCCCCGGGUGGGGGAGGAAGGGGGAGAGCUGCUUACUAAAGGUCUGCUCUGCCAUCCCCCAGGUAGUGAGCCUGCAGCUACAUCCUGCUGCUCCUUCAUUGCCAUGGAAACAUGGCAGCCAAAUUCGUCCCCCCCCCCUUUUGAAAAACACUCAGAACCAUGGUCUCUCUAUGCCACUGCCAGCAGAGGUGGGACUGAGCCAUACUGCCCUUGAAUUCCUUCCCUGUCUGGCCCUCCCUCUCCAGCAAGUGGGCUUUCCUGAGCCGUGGCUGCCAGCUAGUACUUACCAGCCUCCACCUCCACCUCAGCCCCGACCCCCCCUCCCGACACCCCCCUCCGGUACCCGCCCCAGUAUUUCUAGAGAAUUGGAAGCAGGGAUCUGGCUGGAGCUGGAAGGCAUGCCUCCUACGCAGGUGGUCCAGGCUCAUUCCCCCCGAAACAAGGUCCCCUGAGCAUCCCAGGAAGGACCAGGGAGCUAUGAGUCAGGAGUAAGCUCCUAAGCACCUCACCAGGUGUGGCGGCCCCCGCGCCCCUCCCCCGCAAAAAAAAAAAAAGAUAUUUUUUAAAAAGCAGGGAUUUUUCUUGGGACUGGGGGGAGCCAGAAAUGGCAAUAAAAGUUUGUUGACCUGG